AUUUACACCGGGGAAAACUGUGCACAACACCGGUUCUACACAACAAACAGAAACUUCGUCUUGAAAAUUGUUCUGUAAAUAGAAAUGUUGCAAUAUUUGUGGAGAUGAAGCUGGACUGUUUGGUUUUUGUUGGUGAUCGAUGAUCGUGUGAUAAAGAUGGCCAGCAACAGAGGCAAGAAUUUGGCCAAACGACGGGGGAAAACCCGAUUCUGGCUUCAAGACAGAAAAUCUGUGAACGAUGUCGACGGUUGGGGAAAACACGGUGGUUAUAUGAAUGCCAAGAAGAAGAAAUUGAACGACCAAUUCCAGUCCGUUGCCUUUAGUGAGUUACAGAAGACAAGCCAUUGUUCAGAUAUCUUCAAAGACGUAACAAUAUACAUUAAUGGUUAUACAAAACCAAGCAGUGAUGAGCUGAAACGAUUGAUGAUGAUCCAUGGAGGACAUUGGGAGAUGUACCUGAGCAAGAAGAACGUCACGCACAUAAUUACAACCAAUUUAGCUCAAAGCAAGAUUGCUGCCCUCAGGAAUUACAAAGUUGUUCACCCUGACUGGAUACUAAAGAGUAUUGAAGCUGAAAGAUUGCUACCAUGCCAACCAUUUCUGCUCUACUCAGCUCAGUCCAAGAUGCAAAGAGGAAUUGCACAGUUUUCCACUUCUCUCCCCAAGGCUGAGGCAUCGAAAGAGGGACCAACUCAUUUGGAGGCUUCUAGGGACUUUCAUCUGACAGAAACGUCAACACCAUCCAGCAACAACAACAACACUGAGGUAAAAGAGAGAAGUGGUCCCCCUGAGCUAAAGAUUGUCCACAGUGGAAGUUCUGAUGAUCUCUUCUUCUCCAGCUCAGACAACUUGUCUCAAGAAUCUAAUCAGGAAACGAAAUGUAAAACCAACAUCUCAACUAAAAAUGAGGUCUUAACAGAGGCUGUUUCUCUGUCUGCUGUAACCAAGGCAACGUCAAUGACAACAACAACGACAACGACAACGACAGUUACGCCUUCUGAAGAAUGUCCUACGUUGAUCGUCGUAUCCUCCGACUCUGAGAAAGAAGAUGAAAUUGUCGUUACUGAUCAUGUGAAGAAAGUUGACACAUUACCACCAAACAACAACAACAACGAUAGCAGCAUCAACACCACCACAACUUUAUCAACAAAUACAGGUGUCCAACACACGGGCAGUUCUCGAGCCCAAACUGCCCGGGAUCCAAACUACCUCCAGCAGUUUUACACCAACUCUCGACUCCAUCAUCUUUCCACCUGGAAGGCCGAAUGGAAAGAUUAUGUGAAUAAACUAAAGUCAUCGAAUACCAAGGAAUUUCCCGGAAGACAGAAACUAAAAGAUGUGUGCAGUAAGGUGCAGUCACCAUCACUUACAGAUUCCAUUAUGCACAUUGAUAUGGACUCCUUUUUUGUUGCUGUUGCAAUGAGAGAUCGUCCCCAUUUGAAAGAUAAGCCUGUAGCUGUGACCCAUAGUCGGAAAAAGGGGCCAAAGGAGAAUAAUCCUGGUGUAGACUUGGAUUACGAAAGACAGCAGUGGUCAAAACGCCGUCAAGAAAAUGCUUUGAAGAAAAUGGGACCGAAUACGUGUCAGAGAAACACUUUAGCUCUGGAUGAAGAAUUUGAAGAUGAAGAGGAAGGGAGUGAAGCAGAGGAAAAAGAUGAAGACCUCGAGAAUACUUCAAACGAGAAGAGACAUUCUGUUAAUAAGCAGAGUUUUAAUUCUUUGUCUGAGAUUGCUUCCUGUAACUACGUUGCUCGUCAAUUUGGCCUCAAGAAUGGAAUGUUUGUUGGAGAUGCUCUUAAACUUUGCCCAGACAUCAUAACCAUUCCCUAUGAAUUUGACAAAUACCAAGCAGUGUCGAAGAUCCUUUAUGAUACAGUUGCAAGCUAUACACAUGAUAUUGAAGCGAUCAGCUGUGACGAAAUGUUUGUUGACUGUCGUGGAAUUCUACAGGAAACUGGUGUGGCUCUGAAGGACUUCAUUUCUGUUCUCAGACAAGAAAUCUUUGAUAAAACUGGAUGUACAGCAUCGGCUGGCCUUGGUCCUAAUAUUUUGGUAGCAAGAUUGGCGACAAUCCGUGCCAAGCCAAACGGGCAGUUUCUUGUGGAAAAACGUGAAGUGGAGGCUUUCAUGCAGAAGCAACUUGUUAAAAGUCUGCCAGGUGUUGGUAGGUCUAUGAUGUACAAAUUACAGCACCUGAGUGUGGAGACAUGCGAGGACUUGCAGAAGAUUCCAUUGGUUAAGCUCCAGCAGAGUUUUGGUCAAAAAACAGGUCAGAUGUUAUAUAACAGCUGUCGAGGAAUCGAUAACCGCAGGCUGGAGUUGGAACAUAACAGGAAGUCAGUGUCAGCAGAGAUAAAUUAUGGCAUACGCUUCACUAAGGAAAGUGAUAUGGAGGAUUUCCUGUUAAAUCUGUCUGGAGAAGUGGAGAGAAGAUUGAAGAAUGUGAACAAACGGGGUAAAUCUAUAACCUUGAAGUUGAUGGUACGACGGGAAGAUGCACCCCUGGAGACGGCCAAGUAUAUGGGCCAUGGUUUAUGUAACAAUAUCAGUAGGGCUAUGAGUGUUGCCAUAGCUACAGACAAUGCUGCCAGAAUAGCCAGGGAGUGUAUGACGUUGUUUAAAGCCCUUCAUCUACCUGUGAACUCCCUACGAGGGGUUGGCAUUACCAUCCAACGUCUUGAAGACACGGCACCAGCCAGACACCACACUGGCGACUCUACAAAGACCUCAAGCAUUCUCCAGUUCACCAAAGCGAUGCCAACCCCAAAUCAGAAGGAGGAGGAGGAACAGCAGCAGCAGCAAACGCAGAACGGAAAUGAGACACAAUCCGAAGUUGAUGACAGUGACUUUGCAGUCAUGAGACCAGUUCCUGUCAAACAGUUUGGAACUCUUAAUUUCAAAGAAGAAUUGCUAAGGCAAUAUCACAGCAGCCAGUUACCUCCCUUGCCCAGGUUGCCCAGCCAGUUGAGUCCCACCAGAACGAACCAGAUGAAACCGGCUGUGACAGGUGAACCAGAAGAUUUCCUUCCAUCACCUUCCCAGGUUGACGAGAAUGUUCUGAAAGAACUUCCUGAUGACAUCUGCAAUCAAAUUAAAACUGCUCUCGAGGAAAAGAAGGCCAAAAGAAAAACAUCUGCUGCUUAUGGUAGUAGUAGUAGUAGUAGUGGUGGUGGUGGUGGUGCAUUGGCCCAUGAUGAACAACCAGGCUGUUCGUAUUGGUCUGAGACCACAAUUUCAGACGAGAACGGACAAGGGGCCGAUAGCAUGGAGGAACCAGUAAAGGAAAACCAGAAUUUAUCCCAAAUUGAAAGGGAAUUGUUACCUAAUUUAUCACAGCUUGAUGAGAGUUGCUUUAAUGCGUUGCCAGAGGAUAUACAAGAAGAGAUGAAGAUGGCCAUAACUGACCGACAGAACAGGAAAAACAACAUGGAAGCUGAUGACCAGCUGGAGCUACCGUUAUUAUUGUCACCGUCCAAAGGGGGCACCAUGAAAAAAUCACCCACGAAAAAAUCACCUACAAAAAAAUCAACGAAACCCACCAAGAAGAGGUCCCCUUCCAAGAAGGGAUCACCUUCAAAAAAGAGGUCCCCUGCCAAGAGGAGCCCUAAUUUCAAAGUUCCUCAGGGACGACCUAAGAAAAUUCAAAAAUCUUUGAAUAAUUUAUUGAAUAUCAGAAAAAACCUGUUCCUGUAUGGUGACCACCUCCACCUACAGACAAAGACAGAAGUGAGGGAAGCGGAAGGGGAGAAGACGGAGAAGGAACUGAAAGAAGCGAAAGAGAGGGAGAAGCACUUCCAGGCUGCGAGUCUGUGUGGUGCUGUGACGAUAGAACAAGUACGCAGCUUACUGAGUGAGUGGUUGCAACCGUCGCGGGCGCCCUGCCCUGAUGAUGAGCAGUUUGUGAUAAAGUACCUGAAAGAUCUCAUUUACAGUAAAAAUCUGGAACAGCUUGACUUGGUGUUGAAAUUCCUCUACAGAAAAAUGGGGAAACUUUCUACAGAAGAUUGGUGGAAAAGUCUGAAGAGAGUUGUUGAUGACGUCCAGUGUGUAAUGAUAGCAGAAUAUAACACCCCCCUACAGCUUAGUUUCUCUAUCCCUGUUACAUGACCAUCACUUGACCAUAACCUAUCUUGAGGCCUCGUCAUCAUUUGACCUUACUCAUGUCAUCACCUGACCAUCUAUCAGUGACCACCACUUAACACAGGCUUAGCCAUCAUCUGAUCACAUCUUGAUUCACUUGACCAUCACUCAACUGUCAUCUCAUCCUCAUGUGACCAUCGCUUCACUGUCAUGUGACUAUUUGGUAACUUGUCAGGUGACCAUCACUUUACCAUCAUAUGACCAUUAGCUGAGUGUAAGGUAAUUCAUCACCUAACCAUUGAGUGACCAUCACUUUACCAUCAUGCGAUCAUCUUGUGACCAUCACUCUGCCAUCAGGUGGUCAUCAUUUUACUACAGGCUGACCAUCUUGUGACCAUCACUUUGCCUUCAGGACUCUAUCACUUUACCAUUGUGUGACCAUAAGAUGACCUUAAGGUAACCAUCAUGUGAAAUUCUGGAGACCAUCAUUUAAUCAUGUGAUUAUAAAUUGACCACAAGGUGAUCAUCACUUCAUUGCUGAGCAACUGUUGGCUGACCACCACAUGACCAUCACUUUAUCAUUGUGUAACCAUACUGUGACCAUCACUUCAUCACUGAGUGGCCAUUGGCUGACCAUCAUGUAACCGUUGUAUAACCAUAUGAAAUUCUGGUGACCAUCACUUCACCAUCCAGUAACAUUAAGCUGACCAUCACCUGACCAUAAGACCAUCGCUAUACCAUCGUAAUAUGUUGACUAUAAGAUGGUCAUCACCUCACCAUUCAGUGGCUAUUGCCUGACUAUCAUGCAACUAUCUGGUGAUUAUGCAACCAUCUGGUGACCAGUAGCUGACCAUCAGUUCAUCCAAUAACCAUUACCUGACCAUCAUGCAACCAUCAGGCGAUCCUCAAGUGACCAGUACAGUAAAAGUGUUUUGAGAUGCGAAACAUCUUUUUCUUUUGUCUUUUGUAUAUAUUUUAAAACUUGAUUUUAUAUUUAAUUGUUUUUUCCCCCUCUAUUUUGAAGAUAAUUUUAAUGAAGCAAGAUUCGUUAACCUUAAUUGAUUAUUUUAAGACAAAUAUCAAACCUGAAGAGCUCUUGUUUGCCUUUCACAAUGGUUGCCACCACCAAACAAGUACAAUAAUACCACCACCACAGCCAACAACAACAACAAUAAUAUUACCAUCAAAACUCAACCACUAACAAUAUUACCAUCACUUCCACUGCCAACAAUACCAACAACAGCACCAUUAUCACCACCACCAACAACAACAACA